AUGGGUGGUAGGAUUACGCAAGAGGAUUUCGUUAAUCCCCAUAGGACAUCCCUUGCUACGAAUGAGCUAAGUGACCGAAGACCAUUAUCGGAUGAAGAAGGAGAUAUGCCAGAGGUUAUUGACAUCGGAGAAGAGGCUGACGGUGCCGAAGUAGUUGGCCUCGGGGCAUGUGCUCAAGAGGACGUCGACAAGGCGUUGACCCUGGGGAGCGUUGGCGAGGCAGUAAGGCACCAUGGGGUGUUGAGGUCGCCUCAACUAGCGUCGGUUCGCCGAGGAGAGGGCACGCCAGAGUUGGUGUCGCUAGAGGCUAGGCGAGAAGGGGCUAGCACGCGGACGAUGUUGCCAAGCGUUGGGCGCGGCCAGGCGAGUGCAUAG